CUUAACAUUUCUUGUAUUCAUCUUUAAUGGCUUCCUAUAGAAAUUUUUGGGUUAUCCCAUUUUUUUUUGUACUGGUGUUCGGCUUUGCAAAUGCUCAGCUUUCUCCCACUUUUUAUGCUUCCACAUGUCCUAAUGUGCUGACAAUUGUUAGAAAUGCAAUGAGGACAGCUAUUAAUAAUGAACUAAGGAUUGGUGCUUCGAUCCUUCGAUUGUUCUUCCACGACUGCUUCGUGAAUGGGUGUGAUGGAUCCAUACUAUUGGACGACACUACGACAUUCACCGGUGAAAAGAACGCAAAUCCAAACCGAAAUUCAGUACGAGGUUUUGAAGUGAUAGACACCAUCAAAACUCAAGUCGAAGCUGCCUGCAAUGCAACGGUAUCUUGUGCAGACAUUCUAGCCCUCGCUGCAAAAGAUGGGGUCGGCUUGCUUGGAGGACCAACAUGGACAGUGCCACUAGGCAGGAGGGAUGCAAGAACAGCAAGCUUAAGUGCAGCAAAUAGCCAAAUCCCCUCUCCAUUCUCAAGCCUCUCAACUCUCAUCUCGAUGUUCGCGGCGAAAGGCCUUAAUGCACGUGACAUGACGGCUCUCUCGGGUGGCCACACCUUCGGCUUUGCGCAAUGCUCAACCUUCCGAACCCGCAUUUACAACGAAACCAACAUAAACCCGACCUUCGCAGCCAACCGUCGAGGCACGUGCCCCGCCUCAGGUGGCAACACCAACUUGACGCCGCUUGAUGUGCAGACUCCAAACCGGUUCGACAACAAUUACUAUGGCAAUCUCUUGACUCAACGUGGGCUUUUGCACUCGGAUCAAGUGCUUUUAAUCAUUUUUAACUAG